AAACCCUACUGCUAAAAUCUCCAUUGCCCAGGUGCGGAGGGUCAGACCCCACUCCCUCCAUCUCCUUCUUCUUCCUCCUCCUCCCUCUGUUCUUCUUAGGCGAACCGCCAUUGACAGAUGACUGUCUUGCUCCCGGGAGCCUCGGAGGAGCUGCUGUCACAGUCCUGUGCUGAUACUGGGAGUGAAUUUGCUGCUGCUGCUACUGGUUCAUUUGCACUGCCACAUGUUCUGAUGCUCAGGACUGACAGUCUGCUUAUAUGGCUUCUUCAGAGUGAUGGAGACUUCAGUCAAUUAGCUUGAGAAUUGCAGUCCGUGGGAAGCUGGGAGCAUGGUAACGAAGAGGAAAACGCCACUGCAGGUUCAAGCCCUGGAGGACUUUUAUUCAGAUGACAAGUGUCCCACACCAAGGGCUAUGGAGGAGUAUGCGGUGGCAUUGGGAUUGACACUGAAACAAGUGCAGCAAUGGUUUUCGGAGAAGAGGAGGAGAGAUAAGAAGGGCAAUGAAAUAGAUAGUUUGCCCUGUUCAAGUAAGGAAGCUCUGGUUUCUAGAAGAAAAGGUGAGGUUAGUAUUGCCACUAAGAAGAUUAAGCGGCGAGAGCUCUCUAUGGGAAGUAAAGGCAGGGCAGCUGAUUCAUUAACUUUGAGACGUGAACUUACAACUUCAGCAGAUAGAAGGAUUGCUAAAGCUAAGAGAUUGAAAAGGCCCAUUUGUCUUCAGGAUAUGUUGUUCACACCCGAGUACAUUAUGCAAAAGGUGUUCCGCAAGGAUGGUCCUCCCCUUGGCAUAGAGUUUGAUUCUCUCCCUGCUCGAGCAUUCAAUUCAAAUGCAGGAUCUUGUGAGGACCUUGCUUUCCACGAGACCCUUCACAAGACGAGAAAGAGAAAGGUUCAUGACAAUUCAACCAUGGCUAUCACUGAUGGACCUAUCAGUUGUCCAGAGAGGAGACAUGGAAUGGGCAAAGGGUUGAUGACUGUUUGGCGAGCCACAAACCCUAAUGGCGGAGACUUACCUAGUGGAAUUGAUUUUCUUGAAAGAAAUAGUUGUACACGUCGAAUAUCAAGUUCUCGAAAGCCUUUAUGUCAUAGCAAAAGGCCAACAAGACAAGAAAUUCUUGCUAAACAGAGAAGACUAAGAGACAAAUUACUGGAGAAGAAGAAGCCCAUUAGGAAAAAGAAAAAGCGCAACCAGGAUUCCUUCCUAAAACCACCUCCUAAGGAAAAAUGUAAGCUUGCUUUGGAGUCAGUAACAACCCAAGAACACGUUGAUCUAUUUGCCGUGCGAGUGGAUGAUGAGGAGUUGGAGCUGAGAGAGUCGCGAACAGGACCAAAUCCACUUUCGAGUUGUGAUCAUUUAGCUUCAGAUGCAUUGCGUGGCUGUUCACUGUGCAAAGAUCUACUGCCAAAAUUCCCUCCUAUUUCUGUUAAGAUGAAGAAGCCUUUCUCAAUCCAACCUUGGGAUUCCUCUCUGGAGAUGGUUAAGAAGCUCUUCAAGGCUUUUCAUUUCCUUUAUACAUAUAGUGUGAUGCUUGAUAUCAACUCAUUUACACUCGAUGAGUUUGCCCAAGCUUUUCAUGAUAAGGAUUCAUUAUUACUUGGAAAAAUACAUGUUGCCCUGCUCGAACUUCUCUUUGUUGACAUUGAUUUGGAGCUCAGUGGUGGACCUUUGCAUCAUUCAAGCAAAUCCUGCAAGUUCUUGGCAUUAAUCCAUUCGGUCGAGAAUCAGGAAAUUGUUGUGGAAUUUUGGAAGAAGUUUCUGAACCCUCUGACCUGGCCAGAAGUAUUGCGGCAAGUAUCAGUAGCUGCAGGUUUUGGUUCAAAUCAAGGUUCGUUGCAGCGAGAAGUCAUUGACGAGGAACUGAACCGUAUGAGGAAGUAUGGACUGCAUCCUGGCACUUUGAAGGGAGAAUUGUUCAGGCUUUUGUUGCAACAAGGAAAUAAUGGGCUGAAAGUAUCUGAAAUGGCAAGAUCUCCACAGAUUGCAGAAUUGAACAUCUCCAGUACAACUGAGGAACUGGAAAAUUCAAUAUGUUCAUCUUUGUCGAGUGAUAUAGCCCUUUUUGAAAAGAUUUCAUCUUCCACCUAUCGCUUACGUGUGAAUUUCGGCUCAAAAGAUGAUGGAGAUUGUCAUUCGGAUACUGAGGACUCGGGAACUAUUGAUGAUCAGCAUGAUGAGAGCGGCCUAUGCAGUAGCGGCAACAAUUCAGAAUGUGAAUCAGAAAGUCCUAGUUAUAGAAAAUCAAAGCAUAUGAAUCAUUAUAAAAGGAGAAACAGCAUGCUUUUUGUAAAUGGUGAAAUUGAUGAGAGUAACCCUGGAGAACCCUGGCUGUUGGGUCUUAUGGAAGGUGAAUAUUCGGAUUUGAGCAUUGAAGAGAAGUUGAAUGCCUUGGAGGCUUUAAUCGAUCUGCUUCGUGCUGGAUCCAGUAUUAGAAUGGAGGAUCCAACUAUAGCCAUGGCUGAAAAUGCUGCCCCUGCUAUAUAUUGUGGUUCAGGGGGAAAAAUAAAGAGGCCAUCAGCAAACCAAUGGAACGUUACUAGGCCUUCUUGGGUAUAUGAGUCCAACCGUGGUGGAAGAACAAAUCAAUCAUCACAUGAAACUCACCCAGUUGAUUCCAAAGAAGUUAUGUCAAAGUUAUGUACUUCAGGAAAAACUCUAGGUAGCAGAAAGGGAACAGAUCUUGCAGAGGAUAUACACCCCAUGCAAUCUGUCUUUCUGGGAUCUGAUCGUCGAUAUAAUAGGUACUGGCUUUUUUUGGGCCCAUGUGAUGAGUAUGAUCCUGGUCACAAAAGGGUGUACUUUGAAUCUUCUGAAGAUGGGCACUGGGAGGUGAUAGAUACUGAAGAGGCUUUUUGUGCUCUUUUAUCAGUUUUAGAUGAGAGAGGUGCUCGAGAGGGACCACUUAUUGAUUCAUUGGACAAACGAAAGGUGUUCAUCUGCCAGGCAAUGUUAACUGGAGUUAAACACACUGAGGUUAUGUCUGUUUCUUCGUCUUGUCAAUCAGAGCUUGACAUGGGUACAGAAGCAAAUUCAUCUCCGAUAUCAGAUGUAGAUAAUUGCUUAAACCUGACAGUGGCCAUUGGAGAUUCUAUGCCUUUACCUGGUGCUAUUGUUCUUGAAAAUGGAAAGAAAACAGAAGAACAGAAGAGAAGAUGGAGCAGGCUCAAAGCAUUUGAUGCUUGGACAUGGAACACCUACUUGGAACUGAAUUGUGUAAAGCUUGGAAAGAGAUCUUUUAUUGACUCGCUGGUGAAAUGUGAAAGAUGUCAUGAUUUGUACUGGCGGGAUGAGAAACACUGUAAGAUCUGUCAUACAACAUUUGAACUCGACUUUGAGCUUGAGGAAAGAUAUGCAAUUCAUGCAGCCACAUGUACGGAAAAAGAUGUGAAUGUGUUCCCAAAGCAUAAAAUUCUGUCAUCUCGGUUGCAGUCACUAAAAGCUGCAGUUCAUACUAUUGAGUCUAUAAUGCCUGAAGGCUCAUUGAUUGGUGCUUGGAGUAAGUCUGCUCAUCGACUUUGGGUGAAGAGACUGAGACGGACCUCCACCGUAGCAGAGCUUUUGCAGGUUCUUGCUGAUUUUGUUGGUGCCAUUAACAGAGACUGGUUGUUUCAGUGUGAUAGCAUGCGAAACUUGGAUAUUGUUGGGGCGGAAAUGGUUGCACUAUUUCCUAUGAUCCCCCAAACUUCAUCAGCAGUGGCUCUUUGGUUGGUAAAGUUAGAUGUCCUAUUAGCUAAUUAUAUCCAAGGGGCUAAUUCCAACAGAAAUCAGCAAUAGCAACGAAUGUAAAAAGGUGCCGUGAUAUAUUAUCUCCUUAUUGAUAUCUACAUGGAAGAAUGAUGAUAUGCAAGUAUUCCUUUUGAUCCGAACUGGGUUGAAAGAUUGAAUAUUACUAUAUGAAAAGUUCCUGCACUUUCUGCUUAACAAGCCCUCAUGACAAAGCACCCAACAGAAGGAAGGGAUGCAACUAGCUACUCAGAUUGUGGGAGAACAACAAAUUUCUGCACCACACCAGGGAGAAUGGAAAUAAGUACUCAUACUGGAGGCAAGUGAUCCUGUCCUCGGGUAUGCUUUUGUUACUGUUUUUGUGCAGGAUGACUUGAUAAUAUCGAAAGUGUGAGAUUUGGUGUGAAAUAAUCUCGAUCUCCCUGCUUUUAAUUGCCAAAUGAGCAACAGGGUUUGUAUUUUGUCAUGUGGGUGAAAAAGUGUGUAUGUGGCCUCAAUCGAUAGAUGUUAAUGAGGGGAACUAAAGUUUUGUCCAUUUUGUACUAUAGUUGCUUAGAGUUAGGGCAAUUGUUGGGGAAUAAUUCGUUGUGAGAAACUACGAAAGGAAAUACAGGGAAAGCUUUUGUUCCGUUCUUGA